GCGGGGGGCGGCUGCACUUGCGCGGGCAGCCCCGGGGCGUGCGGAGGCGCGGAGGCAGCAGCCAUGGACUGCAGCGUGUUGCGGACGCUCGUGCGUAGAUACUGUGCAGGAGAAGAAAACUGGGUGGACAGUCGGACCAUCUACGUGGGACACAAGGAGCCGCCUCCGGGUGCAGAGGCGUACAUUCCACAGAGAUACCCUGACAACAGAAUCGUCUCCUCCAAGUACACAUUUUGGAACUUCAUACCCAAGAACUUAUUUGAACAAUUCAGAAGAGUAGCUAACUUUUAUUUUCUCAUCAUCUUCCUGGUACAGUUGAUUAUCGACACACCCACAAGUCCAGUGACCAGCGGGCUCCCAUUGUUCUUUGUCAUCACGGUCACAGCCAUCAAGCAGGGUUAUGAGGACUGGCUUCGCCACAAGGCAGACAAUGCCAUGAACCAGUGUCCUGUGCACUUCAUUCAGCAUGGCAAGCUGGUCCGGAAACAAAGUCGGAAGCUGAGAGUUGGAGACAUUGUCAUGGUGAAAGAGGAUGAGACCUUUCCCUGUGACCUGAUCUUCCUCUCCAGCAACCGUGCAGAUGGGACCUGUCACGUCACCACAGCCAGCUUAGAUGGAGAGUCGAGCCAUAAAACUCACUACGCAGUGCAGGACACUAAGGGAUUCCAUACGGAGGAGGAUGUCGACGGGCUGCAUGCCACCAUCGAGUGUGAACAGCCACAGCCUGACCUCUACAAGUUUGUGGGGCGCAUCAAUGUGUACAAUGAUCUGAACGACCCUGUGGUGAGGCCAUUAGGAUCAGAAAACCUGCUUCUCAGAGGAGCCACGCUCAAGAACACGGAGAAGAUCUUUGGUGUGGCUAUCUACACUGGCAUGGAGACCAAGAUGGCCUUGAACUAUCAGUCAAAGUCCCAGAAGAGAUCUGCUGUGGAGAAGUCAAUGAAUGCGUUCUUGAUCGUGUACCUCUGCAUCCUGGUGAGCAAGGCCCUGGUCAACACAGUGCUAAAGUAUGUGUGGCAGAGCGAGCCCUUCCGAGAUGAACCAUGGUACAACCAGAAGACCGAGGCAGAGCGCCAGAGGAAUCUGUUUCUCAGGGCCUUCACCGACUUCCUGGCCUUCAUGGUCCUCUUCAACUACAUCAUCCCAGUGUCCAUGUAUGUCACAGUGGAGAUGCAAAAGUUCCUUGGCUCCUACUUCAUCACCUGGGAUGAAGACAUGUUUGAUGAAGAGAUGGGGGAAGGGCCUCUGGUCAAUACAUCUGACCUAAAUGAGGAACUGGGACAGGUGGAGUACAUCUUCACAGACAAGACGGGCACCCUCACAGAGAACAACAUGGCCUUCAAGGAGUGCUGCAUCGAGGGCCAUGUCUAUGUGCCCCACGUCAUCUGCAAUGGGCAGGUCCUCCCCGACUCUUCUGGCAUUGACAUGAUUGACUCUUCCCCGGGUGUCAGUGCGAGGGAGCGAGAGGAGCUAUUCUUCCGUGCUCUCUGCCUGUGUCACACAGUCCAAGUGAAGGACGACGAUCACGGGGAUGAUGUGGAUGGUCCCCAGAAAUCGCCAGACUCCAAGUCCUGUGUAUACAUAUCAUCCUCACCCGAUGAGGUGGCGCUGGUCGAAGGUGUCCAGAGGCUCGGUUUCACAUACCUAAGGCUGAAAGACAACUACAUGGAGAUACUGAACAGAGACAAUGACAUAGAAAGAUUUGAACUGUUGGAUGUUCUAAGUUUUGACUCUGUACGAAGAAGAAUGAGUGUGAUCGUAAAAUCUGCCACAGGAGAAAUUUAUCUGUUUUGCAAAGGAGCAGAUUCGUCGAUAUUUCCCCAUGUGAUAGAAGGCAAAGUGGAUCAGGUCCGAUCCAGAGUAGAGCGCAAUGCAGUGGAGGGACUUCGAACCCUGUGUGUUGCCUAUAAGAAGCUUGAGCCAGAAGAAUAUGAAGAUGUUUGCAAACUGCUGCAGGCUGCCAAAGUGGCACUUCAAGAUCGAGAGAAGAAGCUAGCUGAAGCCUAUGAGCAGAUAGAGAAGGAUCUCAUUCUGCUCGGUGCUACAGCUGUGGAAGACCGGCUCCAAGAGAAAGCCGCAGACACGAUUGAGGCGCUUCAGAAGGCGGGCAUCAAAGUCUGGGUGCUCACUGGGGACAAGAUGGAGACGGCCGCGGCCACCUGCUAUGCCUGCAAGCUCUUCCGCAGGAGCACACAGCUGCUGGAGCUGACCACCAAGAGGAUCGAGGAACAGAGCCUACAUGAUGUUCUCUUUGAGCUGAGGAAGACAGUGCUGCGCUGCAGUGGAAGCCUGACCAGAGACUCCUUCUCAGGACUUUCGACGGAUAUGCAUGACUAUGGUUUAAUUAUCGAUGGAGCUGCACUGUCCUUGAUAAUGAAACCCCGAGAAGAUGGGAGCUCGUCCGGCAACUACAGAGAGCUCUUCCUGGAGAUCUGUCGGAACUGCAGCGCUGUGCUGUGCUGCCGCAUGGCACCGUUACAGAAGGCCCAGAUUGUUAAGUUGAUCAAAUUUUCAAAGGAGCACCCUAUUACCUUAGCAAUUGGUGAUGGUGCCAAUGAUGUCAGUAUGAUCCUGGAGGCCCACGUGGGCAUAGGCGUCAUUGGGAAGGAGGGUCGCCAGGCUGCAAGGAACAGUGACUAUGCAAUACCGAAGUUCAAGCAUUUGAAGAAGAUGCUGCUUGUUCACGGGCAUUUUUAUUACAUUAGGAUAUCUGAGCUUGUGCAAUACUUCUUUUAUAAGAAUGUCUGCUUUAUUUUCCCUCAGUUUUUGUACCAGUUCUUCUGCGGGUUUUCACAGCAGACUUUGUACGAUACUGCGUAUCUGACUCUCUACAACAUCAGCUUCACCUCCCUCCCAAUUCUUCUGUACAGCCUCAUGGAGCAGCAUGUGGGCAUUGAAGUGCUCAAGAGAGACCCGACCCUGUACAGAGACAUCGCCAAGAAUGCGCUGCUCCGCUGGCGAGUGUUCAUUUACUGGACGUUCCUCGGCGUAUUUGACGCUUUAGUAUUUUUCUUUGGUGCUUAUUUCAUGUUUGAAAACACAACCGUGACCAGCAACGGACAGAUGUUUGGAAACUGGACCUUUGGGACACUGGUAUUCACUGUGAUGGUGUUCACUGUCACCCUGAAGCUGGCAUUGGACACACACUACUGGACUUGGAUAAACCACUUUGUCAUCUGGGGGUCGCUGCUCUUCUACGUUGUCUUUUCCCUGCUCUGGGGAGGAAUUAUCUGGCCAUUCCUCAGUUAUCAGCGGAUGUACUACGUAUUUAUACAUAUGCUGUCCAGUGGGCCUGCCUGGCUGGGCAUCAUGCUGCUUGUCACUGUCAGCCUCCUCCCUGAUGUCCUCAAGAAGGUCCUGUGCAGACAGCUGUGGCCCACAGCAACAGAGAAGACCCAGAACACGCAGCUUCAGGACAGCGCUUCAGAAUUCACCCUUCUGCCCUCUUUACAGAACUGGGGUGCUCAGGGCACCAGACCCUUGGCUGCCCCAUGUAGCUCCCCCUCUAGGAAGGUGGUGUGCACACAGUGGAGGAACAAGGAGUAUGCUGUACUCCCUCCUCAACUAGGCCUUUCCCACAACUUGAGGCAUGGGUGCUGUGGGUCCAGCCUGGAAACGCCCACGUGAUGGACAGAGAGGCUUCCGUCCCAGCCUCUGAGAGCUGUGCUCUCAGGUGCCUGUGUGUGCCUGUGCCCGCCCCACCCAUUUCCCCAAGGAGGUGAGGAUGGGGUCACAGAUCACACACGGGCACAGCACACUGCAGUUUAGACCAUGAGUGACAGAUGUCACUUUACCCCAGGCCUGGUGACUGCAUCCAUCUGGACUGUGAAAAGGGACACUAUGCUUGGCCUCAUCUUGAGCAUCAGAGCUGUGAAGUUGGCCCUGCCAGGCCCGGUGUCCACCUUCCUACCAUUGCCAUCCUCUGCCGUCACUCAGAGAAGAGCCCUCCUUCUUCUCCAAAGCCUCGUGUAUCUUGCACAUAGGCUCUGCACACAUUGUGUUUUGCCGUUCCUCACUCCAUUUCCUGUGUAAACCAUCUAGACUUCUCCUUAGGGAAGUGGCCACAUCACACACUAAGCAGUGUGUCUGUCCUCUGGACCUGUGGCCUUGUGCUCAUGUUCACUCUCCCCUUUACAAAGCCAUUUCCCCUGACCAUAUCUGAACCUGUUUGCAGAGGAGAUGGUGACCCUGUACGUGGGGCUUGUGAGAGUCCCCUUCCUGUUACCUGCUGCCCUGUGGAAAAGGACAUUUUCAUGUGAGGACAGGUCACACUGUCAACCAAGCCUCUCAGGAGUGUCUAUCACAUGUCAGAUGUCAGUUUACCUUAUUGGAAAACAUUUGUUUGGGGGUCCUGGGGAAAGGUGGUUUGGGGCACCCAGGGGGGUAUUUUUCUCACCCAGCAGUGGGCCCAUACUUAAGCAAUUCGCAGCUCAACAUGCCUCUCGCUGGUGCCACACAGUUUCCUUCCAGGGCAUUAUUUGGCAUGAGGGACCGUCAGAAGGCCGCUGUACUGUGAAUUUCAGCUGCUUCCUGCACUGGCAUUUCUGUUUAUAGCAGAGCAUCUGACAGACAUAAUGGUCCUAACUUAGAGAAGACAUUUCAUUAUGGUAUAGCCUUUCAGAAAGUGCCAGCCAGACCGUGGGAGAAAGCCAGCCCCCAUCUCUGUGACGUCAUGCAGUGAGCUUGGGUUCAUGGAGGGGGUCAUGGAGGGGGCAUGGGCACUUGAGAGCCAAUAUCCUGGGAAGCACAAAUUUUGUAAUGUGAUUGCACAAGGUUUCACUAUAAACAGUGUGCUUGAAUUAGGGGAUGAGCCGGCAGGAGCAGUUGUUGGAUGUGGCAGUUGGGGGUGCUGGGAGGAGCAUAAGUACCACACCAAAGAUCAGGGGUGGCCUUUAGCUGAGAGCCGACAGAGAUGUGUAGCUCUGUACUGAGGGCCACAUACCCUCUUGCCAGCCAGCCCACCCACAUUGGCAUGUGUCAGCCCAGGCUUGGAGCCCCAGUCCACACUAACCCUUCAACAGUGGUGUGUGUGCAUUUUUACAACCCUUUUUAAGAACCCCAAAUGGGUACAAAUAUCGUACCUGUGGGGAGGGGCAGAUUAUGUUUAGUUAACAAAUUAUUUGUAAUGUAUUUUUUUAGGGAUCU